UGGACCCUCGCGGCCAUAUCGUUUCAAAAUUUUCGAAUCCCCACUCUCUGAUCUCCCUCUCUCUCCCCUCACUCUCAUCAAUGGAGAAGAAUAAACCCUAAUUCUAAUCACUCACUCUCCUCCUCCCAAAUUUCUUCUACUUAGGGUUUCCAACCCCAAAUUGCGAUGGAAAUGUCGAGAGUAGAGCAUUUAUUCAUGCAAAUCUUGGAUCGAAAGCAAUGGAUCGAGGGCCAGCUCAAACAUCAAAUCGUGUCGUAUGAAGAGUCUCUAGCGUACAAUGUCCUUGCUGAUGGUAAGCAGCCUCCGCCAUGGCUUUGGGCCCAGGGACUUGAUGGAUGCGGUUACGCUGAUCCUAAAGAAUUGACUACAGAGCAGCUUUAUUCUGGGAUGUUAUUCCCAUUACCAAAAACUACCACUCCUUCAGCAACCAACUCGACUUAUUGUACUCUCCCAGCUUUUAUGAGCAAUAAAGUAUGCCAAUCCAAAAAAUUCAUGGAAACAUGUGCUUCAAAUAAGUAUUUCAUUACAGAAAGUAGCUAUGUAGCAGUGCCUAGUGCCGGUGAGCUAAAUCCUGGUAUGAUGGCAGAAUCAGAAGUUGUAGAACCCUUUGCAGAGUUUGACCCUUCUGCGAGAAUGCAACGUCCAAAUUGCAGGCAAAAGGGCCAGAAUAUUCAUCCCGGCGAGCAAGAGAAAAGUUUCAAUUAUCUUAGAGAUAUGAUUACUGGGGAAGAACAUGCUGGCAGGUUGAUUCAAUCUAGGGAAAUCCCUGUGAAGGCUGAUAAUGCUAGAAAAUCUUCAGCUAUGAUAGACUAUCAUCACAAUAUAGAUGGUGGUAGAGUCACUAGAUCAAGAUCGAGAUCUGCAGCUCAGACUGGCAGUCAUCAGUCUUUUGACAAGUUAUCGGAACUACUUAAGCCUUCAAAUUGUGUUGAAACUGAUGUAUAUCACGAAGACGAGAUUCAAACUGCUACUCAGUCAUUUCCAUCUGUAAAGUUAAAUCACCUUUCAUGUACUCCUACAAGCAAUGAUGGGGGCAGCCAUCCAUGUAUGGCCAGAACUGCAGCAAUUGAGCUUGGAUUAGAUACAGCCUCCCAUGUACAUUCAGGUUUAAAAAUGUCAAGUAGCACAGAACCUCUUCUGCCAGAAACAUUUCCUAUGGUUGAACCAAAAAAGCUUCUCGUUGAUGCCCUUGAGGAGGACUGUUGGUUGAAUAAGAUCUGUUACAUCUCUUCUAAAAAGAAGAACCAGCUCAGUCUGGAAAAUGAUUUUGACAGAGAUCUUGAAAAAGUGGAUGGUUCAGAGAAGGAUGUCUCAAAGCACGGAAUGGAUGUAGAUGUCAGACUUUCAAAUUAUGGUGCAGAGCAGGAUGGCCUACAAUUGUUUGAAUCUGAGGCUUCAGAAAGUCAUUCUGUCCACACAGUAGGUCAUCAAAGUUACAGGCAAGAUGUCAAUGGAAAAAGUUCUAUAGGAAGCCUAGCUGGUGGGCAACACAACAAAAAGCUCUGCUUAAGGAGUUCCCCUAAUUCCAUUGAGAAUCAUGGUUCUUAUCUGCCAAAUGUUUCUGAAGAAAAUUCUCUGCUUCCAGAUAGCAACAAAAGUGAGGUUUCUGCAUGUCUAGAGGAUGCUACAGAAAAAGCUGUUAAUCGCUGCUGGAUUACACCCAACAGUACUGAAACCCAAGGUGAACCAUUGCAAGUAAGGUACUAUUUAAGGAGCGGGAGUAACAAUGCUAUGAAUAUUGCUUCCUCCAGAUCAACCAAGAACAAUCCUUCAAGUUGCUUGAAACAAGCGAAGGGCAGUAUUCCUCAAGCAUGUGGCUGGAUCACACCCAACUGUACUGACAGCCAAGGUGAACCAACGCAGUCAAGGUACUAUUUAAGGAGUCGGAGUAACCAUGAUAUGAAUGUUGCUUCCUCUAGAUCAAGCAAGAGUAAUUCUUCAAGUUGCUUGAAACAAGCGGAGGAUGCUGUUCCUCAAGCAUGUGAAAUCUCAUCACCAAAAAGUAGAGAGGUGGAUGACAGGUCAAGUAAUAUCUUUGCAAUUUCUCCAAGGUGCAAUUGUUUCCAGUCCAUCAAGGAUAGCAAUGAUUGCGGAUCUGGGAUAGAAACUGAAUCCAGAUUGGAGCUUCAUCCUAUUUCCAUUUCAGCAGAGACAGAAACUGGGAUACUGGAUGCUGAAUUGGAGGUCCCAUCAAAAUCUCUGCACAGAAGCAAGAUAAGCUCUACAUUUGAGGGCUGUUCUUAUUUGAAAGAGAAUGGCAAGGGAGCAAACAUAUCUGAAGCAACAACCUCUAAUUGUCAAAAGCACUAUAAUUUAGUCAAUUGUCGAGAUCCUCUGCAUAUACAGGAAGAACUUCUUUGUGAUCAAGCAAAUACAAAGUCAGGAAGUUGUCUGAAAGAUGAAACCAAAAUGUCUGAAGAAACAACCUCUAAACAUCAAAAGCAUUAUAACAAGGACAAUUGUCAGAAUUCUCUGCAUGAAACCUCAAAAUGUCCUCCUAACUCUGAGGAAUUUACUAAGGAUAGAGAACUGUGUGAUACUGAGACGAGUUUGCAUAUGCAUUGGCCAGACUUAUUUUGA